AUUUCUUUUGUUGGGUCAACUGUGCUUCUUCUCUUCUUCUUUCUUCCUCCUCUUUCUCUCUGCAUCUCUGAGAAAUCUGUGCUGUGCCCAUAAGAAUUUUCCCUCCUUCUUCAAACCCUUUUGAUUACAUGUGCUGAUUCGUGAACUUCCUGUAAAUUUAUUGAUUUUUUCUUUGCAGUUAUGUUCGAUUUCUGUGAUUUAUCUCUUCUUUUUUGUCGAUUCUUUCUCCGAAUUUUUCCUGGGUCAACACGGUCAGUCCUCUUCUAGCUGUUCUUCCUGAAUCCUGCCUGUGAUUCAGAUCAUAAACUCUAGCUUCUGUGAUUAUUAAUUUCGGUCAAAAGGGUGUCUUUGUAAGCAAUCCUGACCCUCCCCCUCUUGCCAGAACUUGCCUUGCCCUUAUUGUUUUUGCUCUGUUUUUGGAUUGAUCUUUUGCGAUGUUUUUUCGUUCGAGUAAGUUUUGGGUCUGAAGUUCUUUGUAAGCAGUAGUAGUUUGAUUCCAUUUCUGGCUGUGGAGUUUCGGUUGUCUAUGUUUGUCUGAUUAUUGACGACAUAAUUGCCACGGAUUCGAUUAGGUAAUAACUGUAUUUGUUUCCAUAUUUGGUUCAAUCCGUUGUCGUUCCAAAUCCGGUCUUUGGUGUUUUUAGAUUCCUUUUGAUUUAAGGAACUGGGGCUGGUAAAUUUUGCUCAAUCUGUAUUACUGUUGAGCUUCUUUAUUGAGUUAGAUUAGUGGAAAAGCGUAUUUUAAGCCAUGGACAAUGCCAGUGAUCCCUCCUCGUCCCCAAGUUUCGCCUCAUCUUAUGUGUCAAAUGGGUCCAGUUAUACCAACGUUUCUGCCACAUUAUGCAACGACCCUUCUGCAAAUUCUGACCAUAUGAGCCUUAGCAAGCUAAGUGCAAACCUGGAGAAGCUAGUGGUUGAUUCUGACUAUGACUACACCGAUGCCGUCGUUGUUGUUGAGGGCACGGAGGUGGGUGUUCAUCGCUGUCUAUUGGCUGCUAGGAGCCAGUUUUUUCAUGAGCUGUUUAAGCAGGAAAUGGAUGGCUCCACCAAGGAUGGGAAGCCAAAGUAUUGUAUGUCUCAGUUGGUACCUUUCGGCAAGGUUGGAAUUGAAGCUUUCAAGGUUAUUUUGACUUAUUUGUACACGGGAAAGCUGAAGCCAUCACCACCAGAAGUGUCAACUUGUGUGGACGAGGCCUGUGCCCAUGAUGCUUGUGGCCCUGCUAUUAACUAUGCUGUGGAGUUGAUGUAUGCUUCAGCCACUUUCAAGAUGAAAGAGCUGGUUUUGCUUGUACAGCGUCGACUCUUGAAUUUUGUUGAAAAGGCGUUUGUGGAAGAUGUGAUGAAUAUACUGAUUGCUGCAUCCCAUUUUCAUCUGGACCAGCUACUCUUCCCCUGCAUCCAAAGAGUCGUAAGGUCGGAUCUUGACGCCGUGUCUAUAGAAAGAGAGCUUCCUGGCGAAGUUGCAAGUGAGAUUAAAUCACUGCGUAUGAAAUCUCAGCAAGAGACUGAACCAAAUAUUGUGGAAGAAGUGGAUCUGAAUCGCGAGAAGAGAAUCAGGAGGCUCCACAAAGCAUUGGAUUCUGAUGAUGUUGAACUACUGAAACUUCUUUUAAGCGAAUCAUCUGAUAUUACCUUGGAUGAUGCUUAUGCUCUUCACUAUGCAACUGGCUAUUGUGAUCCUAAGGUCAUUAAGGAGGUUCUCAAUCUAGGCUUGGCAGAUCUCAAUCUUAAAAACCAUCGGGGACAAACGGUUCUUCAUGUCGCAGCAAGGCGUAAGGAUCCUAAAAUCAUUGUGGCCCUUUUGGACAAGGGAACCUCUGCACUAGAACCUACAAAAGAUGGACAAACUGCUGUUGCAAUCUGUCGGAGGCUGACUAGGCCUAAGGAUUAUAAUGAGACGACUCACCAGGGACAGGAAUCGAAUAAAGAUCGGUUAUGCAUUGAUGUGUUGGAGAGAGAGAUGCGAAGGAAUUCGAUUUCUGGUAGCAUUGAAAUGACAACUCAGGUUUCCCCUGCUGAUAUGCACGUGAUGCUAGACUAUCUAGAAAACAGAGUGGCCUUCGCUCGUCUUUUUUUCCCUGCCGAGGCCAAGGUUGCUAUGGAAAUUGCGGAUGCGGAUUCAACAAUAGCAUAUACUGGCCGUGAAUCAGCCAAGGGAUCAUCAGGCAACUUGCUGAAGGUCGACUUGAAUGAAACACCAUCUGUAGGAACCAAAAGACUCCAAUCAAGAAUGCAAGCUCUACUUAAAACAGUGGGGACGGGUCGACGUUUUUUCCCUCAUUGCUCCGAAGUUCUCGACAACUUCUUGACAGACGACAUGCCUGACCUUCUGUUCCUCGAAAAGGGCACCCCAGAAGAGCAGCGAAAGAAGAAGACCCGGUUCAUGGAACUUAAAGAUGAUGUUCAGAAGGCAUUCUGCAAGGACAUGGCAGAGAAUAACCGAUCAGGUUUUUCAUCUUCCUCCUCAUCUUCAUCCUCACCAAAAGUGGGUGUAAAUCACAAAGUUAGAAGAAAAUAGAAGCCAGAGUUGUGCUACAUUUUUGUAGGUAACAUACAGUUGAAAUGUGCCAUAGAAUUUUCCUUGGAAGGAUAUUUACAGGAAUGUAGAGAUGUGCUGUGGCUUUUUCUGUAUAAUAGGACAAGAAUUCCCAUCUUGCUUUCUCAACCUAUCCUUUCUGUUUUUGGCCUGUAAAAUAAUUCUUAACUUGUUAGCUUAUGGGGAAAAGGAAAUUGUGCGCUUUCCUAGUGGAUUAAAUAGCAAUUUCUUUUCUUUAUUCUUUUUGGAAAUAUGGAAAAUAGUAAAUUUAAUA